GCCGGCGGCGGUGGCAUGGGCGGCGGCCGUGACGGACGCGGCAAUUACGGACCAAAUUCACCGCCCAGCGGCGCACUGCCGCCCUUCUACGAGAGCCUCAAGAGCGGCCAGACCGGCGACGCUCAAGCGACCACGCCCACAACGGGCGCACAUCACGGCCAGCUGUUGCACAGCAAUUCGCAGUUUCUCAUACAGAACGCAGCGGCAGCGGCAUAUCUAAUGUCCGGACAGCAAUAUAACUGUAACGGUUCAGUAGGUGGGGGAGGAGUGCUUAACGGAGGAGUUGGAGGCGGAGUGGGUGGCGGAGUGGGAGGAGGAGUUGGUGGUGGAUCUGCUGUUGGCCUCGACGCCUAUGGCAUCAUCUUGAAAGAUGAGCCCGAUAUUGAGUAUGAUGAGGCCAAGAUCGAUAUUGGCACAUUUGCCCAGAAUAUUAUUCAGGCAACGAUGGGUCAUGUUGGCACGUUCUCUGCCAGCGCCUAUGAGGACGCAAUCAUGUCCGAUCUGGCUGCCAGCAGCGCAGCGCAGUGCCCGAAUGGCGCCGGCGGCGUCGGCGUCGAUCCUCUACAGUUUACGGCAACAUUAAUGCUCAGCUCCCAGACGGAUCAUCUGCUGGAACAGCUGUCGGACGCCGUGGAUCUCAGUUCGUUUCUGCAGCGCAGCUGCGUCGACGUCGACGACGAGGACGAGCACUCGACGAACAAUAACAGUCCGGCACAUCAGCGGCAGGACUUUGAGCUGGUGUCGACGCCGUCGCUGACGCCGGACUCGGACGCGGUGUCGGUGACGCCGCAUGCGGCAGCGCAGCUGGAUGCGCUGCACGAGAAUCUGUUGACGCAGCUGACCAACAACAUGACGCGCAGCAGCAGCAACAGCAGCAACAACAACAACAACAACAUUGUUUAUGGCACGACGCAGCAACAUGUUGCCAAUGCACAGCAGCAUCUGCAGCAACAUGUUGUCAAUGCGCAGCAGCAGCAACAGCAACAGCAGCAGCAACACUUGCAGCAGCCGCCGCCCUCGUAUCAGCACGCCACGCGCAAUCUGCUGCAAAUGCAACACAACAACAACAGCAACAACAACAGCAACAACAACAACAGCUACCAUCAGCAGCAGCUGGCACAGCAGCAACAGCAAUUGCUGCAGCAGCAACAUCACACGCAUCAUCAACAGCAACAACAACAACAGCAGCAACAGCAGCAGCAACAUUUCCAUCAGCAACAUAAUAUCUAUGCACAGCAGCAACAUCAUGCACAGCAACAGCAGCAACAUCAUUUCCAUCAGCAACAGCAACAUCAUGCGCAUCACCAACACCAACAGCAGCAGCAGCAGCAACACCAACAGCACCAGCAGCAACAUCAUCAUCACAACGACAACAGCAACUUGUCGCUGCCAUCGCCAACAACAGCUGCUGCUGCCGCUGCCGCAGCGGCCGCCGCUGUCGCCGCCUUGCGACCCAUGAGCAGCAGCAGCAGCAGCAGCUCAAAUCUGCUCGAUGCGAACACAGCAGCGGCUGCUGCUGCCGCCCUGCUCGACACGAAGCCGCUGAUACAAAGCGUAAGUGCCCCAAAUAUACUAAAGCCCAUCAAAUGCAGCGGCGAGCCGCCAGCCGAGCUGGUGGACACAGCGCCGCUCACAGCAACAGUUACAACAAUUGCAACAGCAACAACAGCAGCAAUUGUAGCCACAUUAACAGCAAUAGCAAGCAUAACAUUAACAGCAGCUGCAAUCAUAACAUUAACAGCAGCAACAGCAACAACAGCAGCAACAACAACAACAACAACAACAAGAACAGCAGCGGCAACGGACGGCACAAAGCUGGGCGGACGCGCCAAGGCCAAGGCCUAUGGCUCCACUGUGGUCACAUUUGUCUCGACGGUGAAGCCAUCGCCGGAGGUGCCCGCCCAGCGACACGUACAUCGCACCACGUUGCGCUCGCUGGCCUGUGCGGCGGCUGCGACGGCAGCGGGCCUGUUGCCCCCAUCUCCGACCAUUUCGGUGCUCAAUGAGAGCAAAAUGCUACAGCGGCGGCUGGGCCUGCCGCCGGACUUGCAGCUGGAGUUCGUGAACGGGGGGCAUGGCAUCAAGAAUCCGCUGGCCGUGGAGAAUACGCACGGAGGCCAUCAUCACCACCGCAUACGCAACAUGGAUUGCAUCGAUGAUCUCAAGCAUGGCCAUCCGUCCCAGCAGCAGCAGCAGCAGCAGCAGCAACAGUUGCAACAGCAGCAGCAACAGUUGCAGCAGCACUCGCCGCAGCUGCAGCAACAGCAUUCGCCGCAGCAACAGUCGCUGCAGCAGGCGCAACACUUGUCCAGCAGCAGCGUCAGCAGCAACAGCAGCAAUCAAGGCGACUCGCUGUGCCCCAGCAACAACAGCGGCGCGGAGGACGCCAACAACAAGUUCGUCUGCCGCGUCUGCAUGAAGACGUUCUCGCUGCAGCGUCUGCUCAAUCGGCACAUGAAGUGCCAUUCGGACAUCAAGCGCUAUUUGUGCACAUUCUGUGGCAAGGGCUUCAACGACACCUUCGAUCUGAAGCGUCAUACGCGCACACAUACGGGCGUUCGCCCCUACAAGUGCAACCUGUGCGAGAAGAGCUUCACGCAGCGCUGCUCCCUCGAGUCGCAUUGCCAGAAGGUGCACAGUGUACAGCAUCAGUAUGCCUACAAGGAGCGACGCGCCAAGAUGUACGUGUGCGAGGAGUGCGGCCACACCACCUGCGAACCGGAGGUACACUAUCUGCAUCUGAAGGACAAUCAUCCGUUCUCGCCGGCCCUGCUGAAGUUCUACGACAAGCGCCACUUCAAGUUCACCAAUUCGCAGUUUGCUAACAAUUUGCUUGGCCAGCUGCCGAUGCCGGUGCAUAAUUAAAACUGGAAACUAGCUAUAGCAAAGCCUUAGAUUAAGCCCAAACAAACUAACUAAACUAACUAAAACAAACAAACGAAAAGUAACUAACUGAAUUAAUGUAAUGUUAAUGCAAAUUCAACUCUAAGCUGAAGUUU